GAUUACCCCCAGUUUUAAAUGAUAUUAAUACAGAAUUAGAGCAUUAUUUAUCAUGUCCAGAAGAUAUUAUACAUUCUCAAAAAUUUUUUCCGAGAGAGCCAUGCUUAGAACGUCUCUACCAUAUGGAUAGCUGUCCAGUACAAACCACACUUCAAGUCCAAAGAAACCCAACAACUGGGAAAUUACUUGGAUAUGAAGAGGUUGAUGUAUCUGGUAGCAACAUGUCAUCAAAGAAUUCUACUUCGCUGUCAAGAGCUCCUGGACCAUUGUCUGAAGCUGUCAGGGGGAGUUCCACAAAUUUCCCAUUCUGGCCGGGUGGUAUGGAUGAACCAUCUUUGGAAACAAUAACGUCCGUGACUGGUGACAACAUCGAUUGGCAAGAUGAUCUAGAAACGAUUCCACCUGGUUUCCAGAAUGGGAUGUCAUUUGAAACGAAGAAUCCUGAUGCAGAAACUGAAGAACCAACAGAAAAUGAACAAACACGAGUUGGUGAGCGGCUCACCCUUUCAGAUAUCAUGUCUGGAAUUGAGGAGAUAACAUUUAGUGAUGAUGAUAAUGAGGAAGAUGAAGAAAUUGAUAAGAAAACAGAGUUAGGUGACAACUCAGAAUUACAAAGAAGUGAAAGCUUGGAGAAUAUCCUGGUUGAGAGUGGGUCAGAUCCAAGUACGAGAGACGCUGACGUGAAACCUGAACCUAAAGUUAUUGAACAGCAAUGGGCUAUUAAUGUAGAUAUAUCAACCCCUGUAGCUGACUUCCAUAAAAAAAUUCCUCAUCCUGCAUAUCAGUGGCCAUUUGAAUUGGAUGUGUUUCAGAAGCAAGCUAUCUUACGCCUGGAGAACCAUGAAAGUGUGUUUGUUGCUGCCCAUACAUCAGCCGGUAAAACUGUAGUUGCAGAAUAUGCAAUAGCACUGGCUGAGAAACACAUGACAAGAACUGUUUAUACUUCACCAAUAAAAGCGUUAUCCAAUCAAAAGUUUCGUGAUUUCAAGAAUACAUUUGGAGAUGUCGGUCUUUUGACAGGUGAUGUGCAGAUACGUUCUGAGGCUUCAUGUCUCAUCAUGACGACAGAGAUUUUAAGGUCUAUGUUAUAUAAUGGUUCAGAUGUGAUACGAGAUCUGGAGUGGGUCAUUUUUGACGAAGUCCAUUAUAUCAAUGAUGCUGAGAGAGGAGUGGUGUGGGAGGAGGUAUUAAUCAUGUUACCGAACCAUGUCAAGUUAAUACUGCUUAGUGCUACUGUACCGAAUACUAUGGAAUUUGCUGACUGGAUUGGUCGCACAAAACAAAAGCAGAUUUUUGUUAUAAGUACUUUAAAGAGACCAGUGCCACUAGAGCACUUCUUGUAUACCGGCAACAGUAGCAAAACUAGCAAUGAAAAAUUCCUCCUGGUUGAUGCUAAUAGAACAUUUCUCACAACUGGGUAUCAGAAAGCAGUUAAUGCUAAAAAAGAACGAGAAAGUAAGGCUAAAAGUGGUUUUGGUGCUAAAGGUGUACGUCGUGGAGACCCAAAACAGGAGAAGAAUGUAUGGUUGUCACUGAUUGAAAUGCUACGCAAAUCAGAUGGGUUACCUGUGGUGGCAUUUACAUUCUCCAAGAGGAAAUGUGAUGAGAAUGCAAGUCAGCUGACCAGUUUAGAUCUCACUACAUCUAGUGAAAAGAAUGAUAUUCAUAUAUUUAUACAGAAGUGUGUACAGAGACUAAAGGGAACGGACAGGCAAUUACCUCAAGUACGUCAUAUGCAGGAGUUAUUAAAGCGAGGAGUGGGAGUCCAUCACAGUGGUAUACUACCAAUCUUGAAAGAAGUUAUUGAAAUGUUAUUCCAAAGAGGACUAGUCAAGUUACUGUUUGCUACAGAGACAUUUGCAAUGGGUGUGAACAUGCCAGCUAGAACAGUAGUCUUUGAUAACAUCAGGAAACAUGAUGGGACAGCGUUCCGUGAUUUACUUCCAGGUGAAUACAUUCAGAUGGCAGGACGUGCCGGAAGGAGAGGACUUGAUACAAUCGGAACUGUUAUCAUACUUUGUAAAGGUGAUGUACCAGAGAUGGCGGACCUUCAUAAAAUGAUGGUGGGGCGUCCAUCUGAUGGACCUUCAAGUCCAAGGGACGUGGCUGGCCACGUAUAUGGGUUGCUACAUCAAUUAGUUGGAGUUGUAGACCAUCCUACUGUCUCUGAAACAUUUUUAUAA